CAUGGUGCUGCCUCGGCGCCCUCGUCAUUCGCCUCCAAGUGACUCGGCCGGCCGCACGCACCGACCUGCUGCCCCUGCCAACAUAAUACGCGCGUCCACCUGCGGCCGCCACGACUUCGGCCUCAUGGCCGCUCCCCCGCACCGGUCAGGAUUGAUUCACGCGCUGAAUCACAGCUGCGGUAACUGAACGAGAAACGCACACACACACUCGGUUGACCAGCAUGACCAGAAUCGGCCUCCUGCUUUUGUGUUUCGCUCUGGUGGCUGCUGCGAGCGCCGAGGACGCUGCGUCAACGGAACAAAAUUCAGCGGCCAACGAGUCGCCGCCCGAGGAAAAAGCUUCCGUCGGAAAUGAAGGGGCCGACCAAGAAGAGGACGACGACGACGACCAGACCUUCACGGACGCCAGUCUGGAAGAGCUCGAACGAGAAUUGGAGCAGCCGGGCCACAAAAGGCACAACGCGCGUCCCGGAUGGGCCGCGUGGUCCGAGUGGAGCACUUGCUCGCGGACCUGCGACGGCGGCGCCUCCUACCAACUCCGCAGGUGCACCGCACCCCCGGGCUGCAGGGGUGAACCGGUCCGCUACAGGAUUUGCAACAUGCAGCCGUGCUCAGACAAUGGCGACUUCAGAGAGCAACAAUGCGCGGCUUACAACGACAUCCCGUACGAGGGCCACCUUUACAAAUGGAGCGCCAGCCACGACGAGUACGAGCCGUGCGCGCUCACCUGCAAGACCAGGAGCGCCGACGGCCGCAGCACCCUCGUCGUCCAACUCGCGCCCAAGGUGCAGGACGGCACCCGCUGCAGACAUGGCAGCCUCGACAUGUGCAUCAGUGGCAAGUGCCAGCGGGUCGGUUGCGACCUAAAAAUUGGAUCAACCCUGCACGUUGAUGAAUGCGGGGUGUGCGGCGGCAACGGAAGCUCCUGCGCCAAGCCCCUUUACAAAUGGGAGGACGCCGGAACCACGGCCUGCUCGGCCACUUGCGGCGGAGGCGUCCGAAUGACAAAGCCAGUUUGCAAAAACCGAAUAAGCAAGGCAGAGGAGGAGGACGCGCUGUGCAACGCCAGUCAAAAGCCAGAACCGAGCCAGGUGGUUUGCAACCCGCGCAGGUGUCCGCCCAAGUACGUGGUGGGCGAGUGGGGGCCGUGCUCGGUGACCUGUGGCGGGGGCACGCGCUACCGGCCCAUCUUCUGCGCCGAGGAGGGCAACGGGUCGCUCACGAAGGUGGCCGACCACUUUUGCCACGGCCACAAAACGCGCUACCAGGAGCAGUGCAACACCGCCGACUGUCCCGAGUGGGACUCUGGCGAGUGGUCGGGGUGCUCGGUGUCUUGCGGCGAGGGCAUCCAGACCAGGAGGGUUCUCUGCAGGGACGCCAGGGGCGACGCGAGCGCCAAAUGUGAGCCGGACAGGAAACCGCUCAACACCCAGCCCUGCAGAACCGGAAUCGAGUGUCCCAAGGACAAGUCCGAGGCUGAGGAGGAAUUGUCUGAAGAUGUUCACUACCUGAAGGAGCAUUCGCAGCAUUUAAUUGAGCACCUGCCGCCCCUGCAGCCUCAAAGGUUGAUCGGAGAACAAAUCAUUCCGUCACAGGCAACCUUCAUAACCGAAGACUGGGGGCCUUGCAAUGUCUCGUGCGGCGACGGCUGGAGGCAGCGCGAGGUCAACUGCAAGAUCUUCCUUGAGUUUUCUCGAACUAUCGCAAAGCUGCCUGACUUCAAAUGUCACGGCCCUAAACCAUCCACUCUUGAGCGUUGCUAUAUGCCAAAGUGCAUCAGUAGCUUUUCUAGGAAGGAAGAGUUGAGCGUCAGCGACCCCACCAUGAUUGCGGUCAAAGAGCAACCGAUGCCUGACGAGCAGUCCUGCAUCGGUCCCUACUGCAAUUUCUACCACGACGCGCAACCCCAGACUUCGUCUCGGGAGGGCAGCAUCAGGGUCGCUCCGAGACCACCUGGCAAAUCGGGCAAGGAAACUUACUCUUGGCAGGAACAGGGCUACACUUACUGCAGCGCUUCUUGUCUUGGAGGAGUCCAAGAGCUGAUUGUGAGUUGCGUGAGGGAGUCCGAUGGCCAGUCUGUCAGUCCGUACCUGUGCCCGAUUGAAACGCGGCCCGUCCUGCUGACCCGGACCUGCAACGACGUGCCCUGCCCCCCUCGGUGGAACUAUUCCGACUUCCAGGAGUGCAGCAAACCCUGCGGAAUUGGAAUCCAGCUGCGUGACGUCACCUGCAUCCACGAGGUGGCCAGGGGAGGUGGAAACACGGUUGUGGUGCCCAACUCCAUGUGUCCGCAGCCACCGCCUCCGGACAGGCAGUACUGCAACGUCCUCGAUUGUCCUGUCAAAUGGCAUUCUGGAGAGUGGUCAAAAUGUUCAAGAGCGUGCAGUGGAGGAAUGAAAACAAGGAAGGUGGAGUGCAUGCAGAUGAUGGCGCAAGGACACAUCCAGGGCCGGCCGCCGUCCAUGUGUCCACCGAACAAGCCGGCCGAGAGCAAGGCGUGCAACGCAAAGCCCUGUGACCCAGGCGACUCGCCCACCAUUGCCUCGACCAACCAGACCUACAUUCAGCAGACGCCCAAGAAAAAAGUGACCCUGAAAAUUGGUGGCCAGGCUGCCGUUUUCUGGGGCACACAGGUCAAAAUCAAGUGUCCCGUCAAGAAGUACAACAGGACGAAGAUUUUCUGGAAAAAGGACCAAAAGUCAAUCAGGAACUCAAAAAAGUACUCCAUUUCUAAAAAGGGCGCCCUCAGGGUUCAAGACGUGGUUUACAGCGACAGUGGAAUUUACACUUGCAUGGCCGGAAGAUCUUUUGCGGAUAUAACUUUGACGGUGAAGCCUCGUCCUGGACACUUUCCGACCUCCGAGGAGAUUGACAAAAUCGGUCCUCCUGGCUCACCUGUAGGUGGUUCCUCAAGACAAACCGCCAACAACUUGGAUCCUUUUGGCUUUAGUACAGGCCAUGAUAGCAGCGCUGACGCCGGCUACGGGUCAAUGAACUUGGGAGAGGCGAGGGCGCCUCAGCCAUUCAACAAUCUUGAAGAUCUCAGCCACGAGCUGGGAGGGCCACCCUUGCAGGCGAAAACCACAAAACCACCCUGGCAAAAGGGCAGGAAAAACAAGAACAAGGAGAACAACGAGGAAAACGACGGUUCGCGCUUUGCUAAUAAACCGUCGACUCCUGAAUCGAGGGACGUGGGGGUGCCGACGCCACCCCCGCCCCUCGAAGAACAACAACCCCCUUCGGCGGCGUCAUCGUCCUCGCGCCCCAUGCCCCACUUUCAGCAGCUUCUCGCUAACCUCCAGAACUUGUGGCCGUUUCAGCCCUUCAGCAACUCGCGCGGCCUCCGCAUGGUAGACUCGCCCUUCGGAAUGCUGCCCAAGGUCGACGACUCCAGCAGCAGUGAGGACGAAGCCACCCCUGGACCUGUGGUCAUUUUGGGCAAAGGAUCGAAGGAAAACCUGAAGUUUGAGUGGGUGACGCGUCAGUGGUCGGCGUGUUCGCAGCCGUGCGGCAGCGGCGGCAUCCAGGCGCGCGAGGUGAUUUGCAUGGUGCGUCUGCAAAACAACACGCAGCCGGUCGAGGGCAACUUGUGCUUCGACGCGGGCUUGGAGUCGCCGGCCGCCAUCCAGGACUGCGGCUCCACCGAGUGUCCCAAGUGGGCGGCUGGGCCGUGGACAGAGUGCGACCACUCGCGCUGCUUCACUUGGAACACAGCCAUGCAGAGGCGCGAGGUGAAUUGCCAGUUCCCGAACGGCACCAUCACCGAAAGUCCGUUGUGCGACGAGAAGGACAAGCCGAGCGCCAGGCAAGAGUGUUACAACGUCAAGUGCAAGGGCACGUGGAAGGUCGGCGAGUGGUCUGACUGUACAGCAGCAUGCGACACUCACGGCACCAAGUACCGAAUCCUCCAGUGUGUUUGGUACGGAACCAAAAAACCGGCCGGCAAUGCUUGCCGCGACCAGCCGAGGCCGUCCGUCAUGAAAAUGUGCAAAGGCCCUCCCUGCAGAACACUUGCUGACUGCAGGGAUCAGAUUACUCAUUGUCGGAGGGUAAAGAUGAUGAACCUGUGCAGGGUGUACAGGUACCAGUAUCAGUGUUGCCAAACGUGUCGCGGAGGAAUGGGGUGAAAUCGCGGACGGAUCGCCCUUCGGAAGGGAGGCGAGAACACUUAUUCAACCCAUAGUUCCUCUCUAGAGCGAAAGCAACAGCGGACAGAGUGAAAAGUGUUUCGACAGUUUUGUUUGCACAACGACACACAACUUGAACUGCCAAAAGUGAAAAAAAGGAGGAGUGAACUGUGCGGGCUGCAUGAAUUAAAAAAAAAUAUAUAUAUGAUUAAAUUAAGAAGGAAGGUUAUUAUAUUAUACGAACGAUAAAAAAUUGAUUCAGACACGUUCAACAAAGCUGUUAAAUAUUCUUAAAAUGAUUGUAUAUUGCUGUUUUAGCCAUUCCAAAUAUUAUGAUUACGUACCGUACUAAAAUGCAUGGCAAAAGUUUAUGGUCUAAAACGGAAAAAGUUUAUUUUAAAUAAAUAUGGUUGGCAAAUCGUUUCUUUCCCCCGAAAAUAAAAAGUAAUUUUAAUGUAAUAUCAAAUCAGGGACAUUUAAAUCAUUCCUCAGAAAAUUGUGAUAAAAGUGUAAAAAUUUCAUAAAAUUAAUGGUGUGAACUGUAUUAAAAAAAUUUUUACUUUAGUUCUUCGAUUGCCAAUGAACAUUUCAAUUGAAAAACUUGCCAACCUGUUGUAAGAUUCUUCUUUUCCACUCCGCACAACUACUGGUAUUUUUUUCUCCAAAUUCUUGCAUUUAUUAACCAGCUUGAUUUAGUUUCUGCGCAUUUAUAAUAUGGAUUGUGAGACUGAUUUUUUUAUUUAUACUGCUCCGAAAUCUCACCGCUAUUGCCGCCCCCAACCAAAAUCUCAAAAUUUAGCGUCACUUUUUUUGAAUUUAAAUCCAGUUGAUGAUUGCAAAUGUAGUGGAGAGCUGUGCUUUUUGACGAGUUCUUUGCAAAAUGUCAUCCUCGCUGACAUAUCUCGGAAUAAUUUCUGUAGAAAUAUUUUUGUGUUUUAAUUUGCUUGUGCUGGAUGUAUAGUUACUAUCAAUAAGACUGCCGUACGUUUAUGUUUAAUGAGAACGAUAAUUAUAAUUCCACUGAAAAACCCAGAGCGGGGAGCGAUAUGAUUUGAAGAGUUUUUCUUUACAUUCAUUUCGUUCCUCUCUAUUAUAAAUACCUCAGCCGUUCAGUAUGGAUUUAGUUUAGCUGUAAAGUUGCGCUUGCGACCACGCAACACACACGAUUUCUAACCCAAAUGUAUUAUUAAUGUACAAUAAAAUAUAUAAAAUGAUUAUGAUUUUAUCAAAAAAUUAAAUACCAUCCAUGUUAAAUCA